AUGCGUCUGUCAGCAAUCUUCGUCGCCGCAGUGGCAUGUGUGUCUGGAGCGUCGGCCAGGCUCACCUGGUCGCUCGAGAAGGCCGCCAACCCUACCUCGGACCAGGCCGACGCCUACACGCGCAUCGAGGCCGCCAUGCGCCUCGCCGUGGCCCGCUACGACCGCCUCGGCACGGCGACCAAGACGAUCCGCGUCUACUACACGCCCGGCGUGCCCACGGCCGAGGCCAACUACAACGGCGACCUGCGCUUCGGCUCGAACCGGUCGUACAUGACGGAGCGCACCGCCAUGCACGAGAUCUCGCACACCCUGGGCAUCGGGCAGACGGCCGCCUUCAACACCAAGUGUGCGUCGGGCGACUGGCCCCGGGCGCUGCCGCUGCUGCGCUCCUGGGACGGCGCCUCAGCCGUGAUCAACUGUGGCGGCAGCCACAUCUGGCCGUACGGGCUCAACUACGACAACGAGUGGAGCGAGACCAAUGCCAACCGCCACGUGCAGCUCAUCAACGCCAUGAUUGCCGACGGCAUGUAA